AUGCCUGCGCCAGGCUACGUCUUCCGCGAUGGAGGCACCACGCCUCCUCUGGAAGAGAAUCAGGGGACUGAAUUUCACAACCGAAUCACCAAUGCAACUAGACCAGUGACUGCCACUUCCCAGGCCCCUUUGGGUCAAAACACCACGACCAGCCAUCAACUAGCCACGGCAGAGCAUGAAAUCCAAGGGGCUGCUCAAAAGGCCGGUAAGGAAGACAAAACAACGAAUCUAGGAUGGCAAGCCAACGCUGUGGGUGUAGAUGUUCUGGUGGGCGGAUUGUCCAACGAUGAUCUGUGGACGUUGCAAAUGUACCAUGUGAAAGCCAUCCCUGAAGCACCCCCAGGAGGGCUCGACCUCAACAUCGCCGACGAAGAUGAAUUCUCCCCCGACAAACUCCGAUCCACCCUUGAACGUCUGUACAUGACCGUCAUUGUUGGCCUGAUUGGGUUUGGAAAGCACAUCGCAAGAUUGCGGUCAUGGAGGGAACCCCGCCGAACCGUCGCUUUCGCCAUGGGAUACUUUCUGGCCUGGGUACUCGACCUGCUCGUGCCAGCGUCGCUCACCCUGAUCAUUGUCCUCAUUACCGUACCUAAGGCUCGCCACAUCCUGUUCCCUCCGGCUCCUCUCGCUCUGGUCAAUCACAAGAGCGGCGGCAUUCAGAAACCAAAGGCCGGGGUGUUAGGCAGUCACGACAGCGUCACUGGUGCACCGGAGAAGUACAAGGGCGAGGCGGUGGAGCAAGAGGCCAGCAAUCUGGUGUCUGGCAUCGCGUCAGUGGCUAUCUCAAGUGCUGCUGGACGUCACGAUCAGGCCAAUCCGGAUGAAGAGGGUGGCAGCAAGACCCUGGACGGCUCGGUGCCUGAUCCGACCAAGAUAGCCACGGCUGCGGCAGACGCCUCAUCCUCUGCACAAGGUGGUACGCCGGAAGCAGCUCACGACAAAACCAAGCAACCCAUGGAAGAGGCUGUUUGGGUCCAGAUGCGUCCUGCGAUGCGCGCCAUUAACGAUAUUUCAGACAUGUGGGAGCGGUUGGCCAAUGCCCUGUCGCCGACUCCCCCGUUCUCGUCUCAGAAGCGUCUGCAACUUGCGGCGAUCUUUGCGCCUCUCCUUCUCCUCUCCCUGUUCACGCGGCCGGAAUGGGUGAUCAAGGGCUCGACCUUUUUUGGCGGGUUUGGCUUCUUCUCCGACCCCUUGAUGCAACGAGGCAUUGCGCUGUUGAACGAGAAGAUUCCAGACUGGCCCAAGUAUUUGGAGCUUCGCAACACCCUCCUCAAAGGCGUGCCUACGAACGCUCAACUGACCAUUACGCUGUUGCGGCUGGGCGAAGCAAACCGAGCCCCUCUCCCUCCGGCGCCGAGCUCGAACGAACCUCUGGCAGACAAGGCGGCCGAAGUGGACAAGGAAGGUCUCACCGCCAAUGGACUGGACGCUUCUCACUCGGAGAUUGAAGACGCCAUCACUGUGGACAAGCCUGUGAACGGCGAACCAGGCAAUGAAGAUGCAGAGGGUAAAAAGAAGAAAAAGGGCGGCAUCGGGGCCAAACUCAUGUCAGCGUUCAAAACCACCACGGCGGGCGGGGUGGAGACAAAGCUGACAGUGGAUGGAGUCAAGGCCACGCUGGGAUCACAUCACGCCAAGGAGAAGUUGGGGGUAUUGCCUACCAAGAGCGAGAUGAAGGCCAAAGCGGUGGAAGGACCAGUGGAAUAUCUGGGUCGAUACAACGGUCGCAAGGGAGCGGUGUACGUGGACAGCUCGGUGUCUCCGGCCAGUGGCAACCGGCCCGCGUCACCGUGUAUCUACUUCACCUCGCAUCUGGAUGGCGACGAGGCGGUGGAGAGUAUGCCGCGCGAUCCCGCGUGGGCGGUGUCGAUUACCGACCUGGCGGAAGUGAAGAAGAUUGGAGGGUUAGGCUGGAAGGGCAAGAUUGUGGUAGGCUGGGCCACGAGUCGCGAAGUCAAGGACGGCAUUGAGCUGGUGACCAAGGCUGGGCAGCGAUACCGGGUGAUGGCGAUCAAGGACCGGGAUGCCUUGUUCAACCGAGCGAUCUCGAUGGGCCAGCAGGUGUGGGAGAGUUAUUGA